AUGUCCAAUCAGUUUGAUUUUAUUGUGGUCGGAGCGGGAGCUGCAGGUUGUCUCCUGGCCUCUAGGCUCUCUCGUACAUCCACCGCACCAUCUGUUCUUCUCGUUGAGGCUGGAGAUGUCCUCGACGAUCCCGGGCUCCGUGACACUGGGCGAAAGUUUGUCAAUCUCGCUGAUCCGAGCCUGGGAUGGACCGGAUAUUCGCAUGUACAGAAGAACGUCAACGGCAGAAGCGUGGCCUAUCCGAGAGGGAAGGGCCUGGGUGGUUCAACGAUGAUAAACGCGAUGGUGUACUACAUCGGUUCAUCCGAGGAAUACGAUUUCUGGGCAGACGUGACAGGGUUGCCGAAAUGGAGAUGGCCAGAAACCAAAGAGAGAUUCAGGCGGAUUGAGCGAUUCCAUGACGAUACUCCGGCAGAUUUUAGAAAAUACGCUCAUACAUUGCCGGAAAAUCAUGGCAGUACGGGUCCAGUGGAUGUUAGUCUUCCAUCAGUAUGGGAGUCCGGUGUGUGGACCGUCUUUAAGAUUGCUCAAGCUCAUGGAUAUCCAAUCAACCCAGAUCAGAACAGUGGCAAUCCGAUUGGAAUAGGGCUGUCACCCAGCACUGUUUCUCAUGGUCUUCGCACAACCGCGGCCUCGGCAUUUCUGGAGAAUCGGCCACCUAACCUGAUGGUGUGGACUAAUGCUUUUGUCACUCGGAUAUUGUUUGCUGGCAGGACCGCUGUUGGGGUUGGGCUGGCAGACGGUCGCAGCGCUCGCGGGACUAAAGCCACGAUUCUAUGUGCCGGUGCCCUUGACACACCCAAACUACUUCUUCUCUCAGGGGUCGGCCCGAAGGCCGACUUGGUCCCCCUUGGGAUAGAAGUCGUCCACGACCUUGAAGGUGUCGGCAAGAAUCUCCAGGACCACAUCCAGUCCUUUAUUGAAACUCGCUUGUCGAUAAAGUUGCUGGACAGAGAUGUGGUGCGGCACGGCGAGCCAGACAAGGCCGGUCCCUGGUCCUGUCUGCCCUUCUGUUUCCUCAAAGUGGACGAGAUUCUCGAAACAGAGGAAUUCAAACUGCUGGACCCGUCAAUGCAGAACUUUCUCAAGGGAAAAACGGUCCCUCAGUUAUCACUCGGCAUGGCAGCUCCUCUCUUCUCUCGAGGGAGAACCUUCCCAGAAGGCGUCUCUUACUAUCACGUUUACGUCAACUGCCUAAUGAACCCUCAAUCCCGGGGAGAGUUGAGAUUGCGAUCCACAAACCCCGCCGACCCUCCGCAUUUCGACUUCAACGCCCUCUCCCACCCUUACGAUCUGCGGUCCUACAUAAACAACACGCGCAAGGUUAUGGAGUUCAUCGAAGGGGACUCCAACUCGGCGUAUUUCGAAGGCUACAUAAACGGCCCCGCGAGCAAGACGGACCAGGAUAUUGAGACAUGGCUGAGGGCAGUCUCGGGCCCGCAGUACCACGCCACAGGGACAGUGAUGAUGGGAAAGCCCGAGACCAACAAGCUUGCCUGCGUCGGGCCCGACUUUCAGAUCUUCGGGGUCAAAAAUCUCUACGUGGCUGACCUCAGCGUCUGUCCCACCACUCCAUGCUGCAUGACGCAGAGUACGGCAUACAUGAUCGCCGAGACUGCCGCGGAGACAUUUAUCGAGAAGUUUGGGCUGGAACAAUGA